AUGUCUCGCAACAGUUUGAAUUGGAUGAGUAAAUGUUGUUCUAGUCUGAGGGUGGUUUCAGCUUUCAACCUGGGGGCAGGAGUGAAGCAGUCAUGUGAGACUGUCCCCGGGAGGCCCCUUCUGAGGGACUGCUGCGUGAGGCUGGAGCGUCUCGUUGUGGACACCCUGCACACUACUCGGAGCACAGACCGGGCCGGCCGGAGACAAGGUCGUGAAGCUGCUGUAGAGAGCGGAUACAGGAGCACCACCGUUGGGAAUGUUAGAAACUAUCACGGGCAAACUCCUCGGAUGAAACCAAGUGGAAUAUACCAAUGUACCCACUGUGAAUAUACAACAGCUACACAAAUAUGGUUCACCAGGCAUUUGAGAAAACAUACUAAUGAGAAACCAUACAAGUGUGAACACUGUAGUUAUGCUAGCAGCCAUAGAGGAAAUUUGCAAGUUCAUGUAAGAAAACACACUGGCGACAAACCUUACAAAUGCGGGCACUGUAGUUAUACUAGCAGCGAUAGAGGUAAUUUGAAGGUUCAUGUAAGAAAACACACUGGCGACAAGCCUUACAAGUGUGACCAGUGUAGUUAUGCUAGCAGCGAUAGAAGUGGUUUGAAGGUUCAUGUAAAAAAACACACUGGUGAAAAACCUUACAAAUGCAGUCAGUGUAGUUAUGCAUGUGCAAAUAAAAUAAUAUUGAAUGUUCAUGUAAGAACACACACUGGCGACAAGCCUUACAAAUGCCACGAUUGUAAUUUUGCUAGCAGCCGGAAAAGUGAUUUGAAAGUUCAUGUAAGAACACACACUGGCGACAAGCCUUACAAAUGUGAACACUGUAGUUAUGCUAGCAGUUAUAAAAGUUGUUUGAAGAUUCAUCUAAGAAGACACACUGGUGAAAAACCUUACAAAUGUGAACACUGUAGUUAUGCUAGCAGUUAUAAAAGUUGUUUGAAGAUUCAUCUAAGAAAACACUCUGGUGAAAAACCUUACAAAUGCACACAGUGUAGUUUUGCUAGCAGCAAUAUAACUCAUUUGAAGGGUCAUGUAAAAAGACACACUGGUGAAAAACCUUACAAAUGCACACAGUGUAGUUUUGCUAGCAGCAAUAUAACUCAUUUGAAGGGUCAUGUAAAAAGACACACUGGUGAAAAACCUUACAAAUGUGAACACUGUGGUUAUGCUAGCAGUUAUAAAAGUUGUUUGAAGAUUCAUCUAAGAAAACACUCUGGUGAAAAACCUUACAAAUGCACACAGUGUAGUUUUGCUAGCAGCCAUAUAACUCAUUUGAAGGCUCAUCUAAAAACACACUCUGGUGAAAACCCUUACAAAUGUGAGCAGAGUAGUUAUGCUAGUAUCGAGAAAGGAAAAUUGAAUGGUCAUGUAAGAACACACACCGGCGAUAUGCCUUACAAAUGUGACCAGUGUAGUUAUGCUGGCAGUACUAAAGGUUCUUUGAAGGUUCAUCUAAGUAGAGUCCAUGUAAAGAAACACACUGGCGACAAGCCUCACAAAUGCCACCAGUGUAGUUAUGCUAGCAGCAAUAAAGGUAAUUUGCAAGUUCAUCUAAGAAAACACACUGGUGAAAAACCUUACAAAUGCGAGCUAUGUAGUUAUUCUAGCAGCCAUAAAAGUCAUUUGAAGCUUCAUCUAAAAAGACACGCUGACGACAAGCCUUACAAAUGUGGACAUUGUAGUUAUGCUAGCAGUAGUAAAUGUACUUUGAAGGUUCAUCUAAGAAAACACAGCGACAAGCGUUACAAAUGUGAACAAUGUAGUUAUGCUAGUAGUUGCAGUGAUCAAUUGCGAGUCCAUGUAAGGCAACAUACUGGAGAGAAGUCGUACAAAUGUGGCCACUGCAGCUAUGCUAGUGAUGACAAAGAUGCUGUACGAAAACAUGAAAUUAUGCACGAUGAUGAAAAGCGUCACAAAUGUAAUUAUGCUACCAUUUAUAAAAUAAAUUUACAGAACCAUAAAUGCACACAUUCUGUUGAGAUACUUCACAAGAGAGGCACAUAUCUGGAAGGGCAGCACAAAGAGUUAAAGUAUGGUGGAGCAGCGGCCAGCAGCAGGCGACCCUCGCUCGCCGCGCACGGCGACGCGCGUGACGCCGCGCACGACCACACUUACAGCGCCGCUCCACCAGGCCUCGAGAGCGGCCUCGACGUGUCGGAGGCGGAGACCAAGAGAAAGACAGACGAAGAAACGACCGCAUCGUUAUACACCGGAUAG